UUAAAAGCAAAUGCUCAUUCAAAGUUUGAGAGUGAAAUGUCUAGGGCAUUCGAUCUAAAUCUUUAAUUUUGUUAGUUUCUAUGAAUUUAAUUUAUGAUGUAGUUACCUCAUUAAGCCUUUGUUCGUUUGAUAAAAUGGAAACUUAAGUUUAUCAUUUAACUGGUUUUCUUCUUUUUCUAUCAUUUCUUCAUUUUGCACUUCCCCAUUGCAUUAACUUCCGUCUUAUUGUCUUCACUUAAUUAAAAACGAAAGAAUCAUGGCUGCUGCUAUAGUCAUGUCUCUUAUUUCACCGUUCGUUGAAAUCUGCAAGGACCCAUUUGUAGAGUACAUUGUUCUCCCCAUCAAACGGUGUAUCAGUUAUUCCUUCACCUACAAGAUCAAGGUUCAGAGACUCCAAGAUUUGACCGGCAAGUUGAAGGACAAAAGAGACAGGUUGCAGGACUCCGUUGGUGAUGCUGAAAGAAAUGGGGAAGUUGUCUAUGAGAAUGUUCGAAACUGGCUGUCUCAUUCAGAAACAGCCAUUCAAGAGGCAGAGGUGCUUGUCAAUGCCCAAGACGAAACAGCCAAGAAGAGGUGUUUUGUGGGAUUGUGUCCCAGUUUGAAGACCCGCCACCAGUUUAGCAAGAAAGCUGAGGAGAAAGCUUCCGCAAUUGAUAAGCUGGAUCAGCAGGAAGCGGGUCUCCAUCCAAUUUCCCACCGUCCCCAUCGUCAGCAGCAUGUUGAUCCAUCUGUUUUUGCUCUCGAAGAACUUGAAUCGAGGUUGUGCAUUCUGAAGCAAGUUAUGGAGGCUCUUAAGGAUCCUAAUCUCAACAGGGUCGGAGUGUGGGGAAUGGGCGGUGUGGGAAAAUCCACACUAGCAAAGGAGGUCCAUAGCCUCGCUUUAAAAGAGAAGCUGUUCGACGAUGUGGUUUUUGUUGCCGUAUCUGAAAAGCCUGAUCUCGGGGAAAUUCAAAAAAUAAUUGCUGGUGUCCUGGGUGUGAAUUUCGACGUGGAGGAUAGGCUUCUCCGAGCAAGUCAUGUCUUUGAGAGGAUCAAAGGGAAGAAAAUUCUUAUAAUUCUUGAUGAUAUAUGGAAGAAAAUUGAUUUGCAUCACAUUGGAAUACCGGCUGGAGCUGAUGGCAAAGAUUGCAAAAUACUGCUGACUUCAAGGGAGAAACGUGUAUUACUAAAUGAGAUGGAUGCACAGAAAGAAUUCAUGCUUCAAGUUCUAACUUAUGAAGAGGCUUGCAGUAUGUUUGCGAGGACUGUCCCUCAUGCUAAAGAUCCAGAGUUUAAUGCCAUUGCCAUUGAAGUCGUCAAAAAAUGUGCAGGAGUGCCACUGCUAAUUGAACUUGUUGCAGGGUACUUGCAGAAUUGUAAGGAGUUAGGAAUUUGGGAAGAGAAACUGAAGCAACUGUCCAACUUCAAGGAUGAAGAAAUAGUCUCGAAAGUGCACCGGUCUUUAAAGUCAAGCUACGACAAACUGAUUGGCGAUGAAAUCAAAUCAUUUUUCUUGCUUUGUGCUCUGGGUGGACAAUCUAACAUUGAAAUCAAAUACUUAUUGAGGUAUUGUAUUGGUCUGGAUUUGUUUGAUGAGAGGCCUACUGUCGAUGAUGCAAGAAAAAGAGUAUAUUAUUUGAUUAAUGAACUUCAAGAUUGCUGCUUGUUAUUAAAAGGUGACAUGGAAGGGUAUGUCAAAAUGCACGACAUCGUUCUAGAUGCUGCUUUGUCUAUCGCAUGCACAGAGAAACAUGCAUUUAUAUGUCGAAGUAGUGCUAUAUUGACGGAAUUGCCAAAAAAGGAUUGCACUAAAAUUUCCUUGCCAUUCUGUGAUUUUCAGAAUUUUACCGGAUCUCAUUCAGCAACUUUCAAAUUUGAAUGUCAAAAUGCAGAGAUGUUGCUGCUCCUUACUGAAGAUAUUUCUUUAAAAGUUUCUGAUUCAUUUUUUGAAGGAGUUAAGAAGCUCAAAGUGUUGGAUUUUACAGUAAUGGGGCUGGGGCGCCUUCCUUCAUCCAUCAAACUCCUAACAAACCUGCAAACAUUGAGUUUAGAUAGUUGUCAUUUGGAUGGGUUAUCUAUCAUUGGAGAGCUUAAGCAAUUGAAGGUCCUGAGUUUUGUUGAUGCCUAUAUGGUUGAACUUCCUAAAGAAUUAGAGCAGUUGACUCGGCUCAAGAUUCUAGAUUUGAGCAAUUGCUCUAAAUUGAAAGUUAUUCCUGCUAAUGUCUUUUCAAAGUUGACUAUGUUAGAAGAGUUGUAUAUGUGCAACUUUAUACUCUGGGAGGUUGAUGGUAAUGCAAGCGUUGAAGAGUUGGAGCAUUUAUCUCACCUAACAACUCUGGAAAUGCAAGUUUUAGAUCUCGAGAUGAUACCAAAUUCUUUCUUCUUCAAUUUCAAAGCGUUGCAAAAUUUCAGAAUAGUAAUAGGAGAUGUUUGGGACUCGGAAGUGAAUGAUGAGUGCUCAAGAAUAUUCAAGCUCAAGUUUAAGACAAGCAUUUAUUCAAAGCAAGGGGUACUGAAGUUAUUGAAGGAUUGUGAUAAUCUGUACUUAGAUGAAGUGUGGGGAAUUGAGAGUGUGCUGUAUGAUCUUGAUGGGGACGGCUUUCGGCGAUUGAAACAUCUUCGUGUCCAGAAUGAUCCUACGAUUCAACAUAUUGUCAAUUCAACAAAUUCGUCUUCAUGUCCAGCAUUUCCCAUUCUACAGUCGGUGUUUCUGGAUAAUCUAUUGAGCUUAGAGAGUCUUUCUAAUGGCCGACCGGCAGUAGGGUCUUUCAGCAUACUGAAAGAUUUGAAAAUAAAAAAUUGUGUGAGAUUAACAACUCUGUUUUUGUUGUCUGGCAAUGAUCAAGAAGAAAUUAUUAAUGUUGAGUUGACCCACUUAUGCUCUUUGACAUUGGACAGUCUACCACUGCUUAGAAGCGUAUGCAAUAAAAGUAAGGUGCCACUAGAAUCUCAUGCGAGACACAAACCGUUGAUAGUUGAUAAUCCAACAUUUCAGGAAGGCGUGUCAUCAGACUGUGAGCCACUAUCACUUUUCAACAGACUGGUUUCUCUUCCUAACUUGGAGAAUCUUACAAUAACAUCAGUUUGUUGUGAAAAGAUAUGGCAAGACCGCCUCUCCAUGACAUCUUCAAAUUUAACAAGUUUGAUUGUUGAGAGGUGCCAUAAUUUGCGACAUUUGUUUACAGCUUCAAUGGCUAAAAGUCUUUCACAGCUCAAACAAAUUCAGAUAGAAAAUUGUGAUCUCAUUAAAGAGAUAAUUCUCACAGAAGACGCUGUAGAUGAAACAGAGAAGAUAUGUUUCCCUAAACUAGAAAGCUUGACGCUUCAAGGUCUUCCGAAGUUAAGUAGAUUUUGCACUGGGCAUCCAAUUGAAUUUCUGUCUCUUCAAAAAUUGGAUAUUAGAAGUUGCUUUAAUUUGACUACCUUUGUUGUUGCCGAUAUCCAACAAGUUAACUCAGAGGUGAACAACUACUCUGAAACACAAUUUCUCUUUAAUGGAAUGGUUGAGUUUCCUAAGUUAGAGAUAUUGAAGCUUUAUGAAAUGGAUGACUUAGCAAACGUAUGGCACAAUGAACUCAUGCCUAAUUCCUUCUCCAAACUAAAUGCCUUGGAUAUUAGUAAAUGUCGUAAUCUAUUAAGGAUAUUUCCACCUCACGACUUGCCUCAAUUCCAUACACUGGAGAGGUUGACCAUUGAGAAUUGUGAUUCACUGCAAGAAAUAUUUCAAUUCCAAGAAUCGAAGGCUGAAGAAGGCACAUAUGCUGCGGUAGAAUUUAAGCUUAGAGAAUUGAAAAUCUACUUCCUUGGCAAACUGAAGAUGAUAUGGAGUAAGGAUCCACCAACAGUUUUUACUUUUCGAGAAAUACAGUCGGUGGAAGUUCAUGGCUGUGGAGCUCUGGAAAAUAUAUUUCCAACCUCUAUAGCUACAGACCUUUCUCAGCUUCAAAGUUUAGAGAUCAUGUUUUGUGGAAUAGAGGGAAUUGUAGCGAAAAGUGAAAGCACAGAAUCAGAGCCUUAUUUUAAGUUUCCUCAACUCACAUCUCUUGCACUUAAUGGUCUACCGAAAUUAAAGUGUUUGUAUCCGGGGAGGCAUAGAGCGGUCGAGUGGCCAAAGUUGAAUUAUUUGCAUUUGAUGGGAUGUGACAGCACAAUGAUAUUUGGUUCAGAAGAAGAAGCACGUGGAGAAAGAGACAACGAAGAUAAUAUCUCAUUUCAACCUCUUUUUAUAUUUGAAAAGCUCAAUCGCAACUUGGAGCAAUUGUCGUUACACCACAGUUAUUUGCUGAGAAUACAGAUUGGCAAAUCUCUAGCCAAUUGCUUUUCCAAACUAAAAGUACUUACAUUGAAAGACUUAAGGCCUGAAUCAUUCAUCGUUCUCUCUGGUUUCCUCAAAACACAAUACACUCUGGAGGAACUUGUUGUUAUUGAUAGUUCUUUAGAAGAGCUGUUCUUAAAUGAUGAGGUUACAGUAUAUGCCCCACUGAAACGUAUGACCAUAUCCAAUGCUUUUAAUUUAAAGCAUAUAUGGAAGCAAGACGCCAGAUUGAAACCAGUUACUCAAUAUCUUCAAACUCUGACAAUUGAGAGCUGUGAUAGUUUAUGCAAAAUAGUGCAAUCAGCAUCAUCCUUCCGAAAUUUAGCAACUCUAAAACUAAAAUAUUGUGGGAAGUUGAAAAGCUUGUUAACUGUCUCGACCGCGAAAACUAUGGUAAACCUCACAAAAAUGAGCCUAGUUUGCUGUGAUGGGAUGACUGAAGUGGUGGAAAACGAUGGAGAUCACAAUGAGGAUGAGGUGGUUUUUAACAAAUUGCAAACUUUGAAACUUCUGAAUUUAUGUAGUCUCUCCAGCUUUGCCCCGGGGAAUUCUGCCUUUAGUUUCCCAUUGUUAGAAGAAGUUUUCGUUCAUUUAUGCCCUCAGAUGAUGAUUUUCUCUGCCGGAGUCUUGAGCACACCAAAGCUACGAUCAGUCAAAAAGUUCAAAUAUUCACGGGAUAAUCCAUUUUGGGAGGGAAACCUUAAGGCUACCAUUGCAUAUUUGUUUGUGGAGAGUCUCUUACCACAAGGGGUUGAAAAAGCUAUCAGUCUAUCCGACUUUCCGGGUCUAAAAGAGCAUUGGCAUGACCAGCACCUGGGGCGGCGCUUCCUCAGUGUAGAAUCUCUAACAGUGGAUGGGUGUGCAUCAUUCACAAAAGCUCUAUCAGCCAAUCUGCUGCACUCAUUGAACAAGCUAACGAAGUUGGAAGUAAGAAAGUGUGGAUCAAUGGAACAAGUAUUCGACUUGGAAGGAAUGUCUCCAGAUAAAGGGCGUGUUGGGCUGCUGCCUCGAUUAUGUGAAUUGCGCUUAAUUGACCUACCUAUGUUGAGAACUUUAUGGAACAAGAACCCUACAAAUAUUUUGGACUUGAGGAACCUUACAUUGCUCAAAGUGGAAAACUGUAACAGAUUGAAAUAUGCAUUUACCCAGAAUGUAUCCUUGUGCCUUGUGCUACUCCAGGAGAUACAUCUGAAAAAAUGCCCAAUGAUGGAAGGAAUAAUCGAACAGGGGGAAUCAGAGGAAGAAGUAGUGUCUGAGAUCAUUUGUCCUUCAUUGAAGAAGAUUAGCAUACAUGACUGUCCAAAUCUGAGAACAUUGUUUACCGCUGAACAUAGGCCAAAAAUAGAGUUUGGAAGGAGGAUAAGGCUGGGCAAGGUACUUCCCAAGUUGGAAGAGUUGUCAUUAGACAGCAACUCUACUGGAAAUUUACUGGACAGCGAAUUCCUGCUGGAGUUCUAUUCCAAACUAAAAUUUGUGGAACUGAUUUCCAUUUCAAAGAAAUCGUGUUUUUGUCUCGUUAAUUUUCUUCUAAGAUUACCCAAUCUGGAAAAGCUUGUUGUCUGUAGCUCAUCUCUCAAAGAAUUAUUCUUUUUGGAAGGAAUAAGUGCCUAUAAUUCUGCAUCUUUUCAAAAUCUAACAACUCUAGAAGUACGGAACUGGGAUAAAUUGAUGAGCUUGGUACCGCUGUCGGUGGCCAAAAGUAUGGUGCAACUUGUGACAUUAAGAGUAAAAUCGUGUGAUAUGAUGCUGGAAAUAGUAGCAAGUGAACAAGACAGGACAACAUAUGAGAUUGUUUUCAGUAAAUUGAGAAAUAUACAACUUGAAGAUUUACAUAGCCUGAGUAGCUUCUGUCCUGGCAAUUACAGCUUUAACUUUCCAUCUUUGGAACAAGUGACUGUAUUUCGUUGUCCCAAUAUGAGGAUUUUCUGUCCAGGAGUCUUAAGUACGCCAAACCUGGAUUCCGUGAAAGUCUCACGUUCUAAAUUCAGAUUGGAAGAAUAUGGCGAUCUCAAUGCCACGAUUCAAGAAUUGCACUUGAAAAUGCAAGAUCCAAGCAUAGCUAUUGAAGCAGACGAUCAAACACUUGCCAUGAAUAUUCAAGUUCCACCUAUUUUUGGUGGCAAGGUUGCAUUCCCAAACUUAGAAGGACUGGGAGUAGAAUGGAACGCUGUGAAGGAGGUAUGGUCUGGAAGAUAUGGAAUCCCAUUUUUGGGCAGACUAAAAGUCAUUGAGCUUACUUGUUUUCCUGGUGAACAGCCAGUUUUGCUAUCUAGUUUCCUUCAAAAUCUCCGAAUUCUGGAGGAGCUUGUUCUUAGGGAUGCUUCUUUGGAAGAAAUAACCAUCGAUGAAGUGGAUGCUGGCCACCAAAUUCUUGCACAGUUGAGAGUGCUAAUAUUGUGGAAGUUGCCAAAUCUUAAGCACCUGAUAGACCAAGAUUCGCGACUUGCCCUGGUUAUUGAACAUCUGGAAGUACUUGAAGUUGAGGAAUGUGGUAGAUUGGAAGUUUUAGUUUCACCCUCAACAUCUUUCAAAUAUCUAACAGCUCUAGGAGUAUCAAAAUGUCAUGGUUUAAUAAAUCUGAUGACUCUGGCAACUGCUAGAAGUCUUGUGCAACUCAAAAGAAUGGUUAUAAAAGAAUGUGAAAUGAUACAUGAAAUAGUUUCUAAUAAAGCAGAUGGAGUUGAAGAUGAGAUCCAUUUGAGCCGGUUAGAAUAUCUUGAACUUAAUGGUCUGCGAAGCCUCACAAGCUUCUGCUCAGGUAAAUUCACCUUCAAUUUCCCAUUUUUAGAAGAAGUGAUUAUCAGAGAAUGUCCCAAGAUGGAGACCUUUGCUCAAGGAGUCGUAAGUACAUCAAAGUUAUGGCGAGUUCAAACAGGAGAGCACAAAUAUGAAUGGGAAUGGGAGGGCAGUUUGAAUGGCACCAUUCGAGCAUUGUCUAUGGAAAUGGCUGCUGAGACAACUAGCUAGAUGCCAUCUUUCAUAGGCAAGACUCCAAUUUGACUGGUGUGAGAUGACAUUUGUGACACCAGAUUGGCAGGCUGCAAAUCAUAUUUCUCCAAUUGAAGUAUUCACUAUAUA